UCAGUAACAUAUAAAGCAAACACUUCCCACAGAUCUCUGUGACACUGAGUUGAAGUUACACUCUACUUAUUCAGGGUUUUUCUCGGUAGACGAUUUAGACUACACUCUUCUCUUCAGCAAGGGGAUUUUCUGCAAAGGGUACAAAUGACGAAGGAACUGGCGCCACAGUGGGACCUCUCCGUCACAGUGCUGCGAGGAAAUUUCCAGCAUUCAUAUGAUUACUUCUCAGAGCCUGACCUCUACGUGACCCUACGCCUGCCCACAGCCUCGGCUUGUACUCGGAGAACCAGGAUGAUCAAUAACAACAAGACACCCGAGUGGAACGAGACCUUCCACUUCCGCGCCUACAGCCAUGUCAAGAAUGUUCUGGAGUUAAAUCUGUAUGACGGUGACACAGUAGUGGAUGAUCAAUGUGCUAGCUUUUUGUUCGACAUCAGCACCCUCAAAGUGGGUCAGAAGGAGACCAAGGUUCUCAUCACGGAUGAGGAGAAGAAGGACAAGCUGUGGGUGGAAUUUGAGAUGACAGAGAGUUCUGAAAAGCCCGGUCAGUACCUCUCUAACGGAGUCCUGUUGGCCGCCCCAUUGUCCACACUGGAGGUGAAGUUGGACAAACUGCCCAUAAAAUCUCAAAAAGAUAUGUUGCUAAAAUUACAAGGGGCGUACAACGAAAAGCAAGUGAUCUCAGUGUCGGAGAACAGCAGCUUCAUGAAGACCCUUAGCUACAUCAUCAACAAAAACCUGGAGACCUCGAUCGAACUCCAGACGGAACAUGAAACCCCAACAGUAGCUUCUGUAGCCCCAUUUGGACCCAAACCUGAAUGUACACUCACUAUUCCUGUUGCAGAGGAAAAAGUAAAUUUACAUUUGAACACAGUGGACAGCUCUGAGGUGGACAUGAAGGUGCGUCUGGAUUUUGACAUACCUGCAGAAGAGAAGGCGUUUCUGGUGACGAGGAGAGAGGUGGUGUCUCGCACACUGCAGAAGUUUUUUAACCUUGAAACACCUUUGGCUCCCACCCAGGUGCCGACGGUGGCUCUUGUGUGUUCAGGAGGCAGCUCCAGAGCCAUGACGGGAAUGUACGGCUUUCUGAAAGGACUCCAGAGCCUCGAUCUGCUCGACGCCGUCACCUACAUCACCGCCGUGUCUGGCGCCACCUGGACCACUGCUAGUCUCUACUCUGACCCAUCUUGGUCAAAGGAAGGCCUGGAUAAAGUGAUAGCGUCUUCGCAGAAGGAGCUUUCGAAGAGCAAAGCCAGUCUCUUCUCUCCUAAGCAGCUGUAUUAUUAUCGCUCCGAGCUGCACGACAGAGAGAAAGAAGGCCACUCCGUCUCCAUUAUCGAUACCUGGGGGCUCAUCAUUGAACACCUCAUCUUUGGAAAGAAACACACAGAUACGCUGUCUGACCAGAAGAAGGCAGUCUCUGAGGGCCAGAACCCACUCCCGAUCUACACAGCAGUCAACAUGAAGAAAGACGCCUGUGGCUGCUCAGUGCCUGAGUGGUGCGAGUUUACCCCAUAUGAAGUGGGAUUCUCUAAAUACGGAGCGUUUGUCCCUGUAGAACAUUUCGGGAGCGAGUUCUACCUGGGUCAUGUGGUGAAGAAGCUACCGGAAACACGCAUCCCCUUCCUCCUGGGCGUGUGGAGCAGCUUUUUCUCCACUAACCUCUUGCAGCUCUGGAACGCUUGUACAGGAAUGAUCCCAGCCUGGGCUUCCCGACUCGGAGAUAAGGUCGACAAGAUCGAGACACAUAAUAAAUCCUCGACCUUGGACACUCUGCGCAUCAGACCAGAAGCUUCAAGCCUGAACAGCUUCGUGAAUGACUGCCCCUUCAUCAGCAGUGUCUUUAACUUCCUGAGAGGAUUCUCUCUGCACAACUCAUACAGAGACAACCCAGGAUUCAACACCUGUAAUGACAAACACCCGGACGCGUAUCCGAACAAGCUGACCCCAGUGGACUCCACUCUGAACUUGGUGGAUUCUGGGUUCGCCAUCAACACAGCGUUCACUCCUGUGCUACGGACCCACAGACGCGCCGACGUCAUCCUGUGCCUCGACUACAGCUGGGUUGACGAUCCAUUAAAGAACAUAAAGGACACGCAGCAGUACUGCUCUGAACACAAGUUGCCAUUCCCAAAUAUCGAUUUCAGCAAGUACAAAUCUCAGCCAAAAAGAGAAGUGUAUGUGUUUGAAGACGAGAAGAAUCCCGACGCUCCCAUCGUGAUCCACUUUCCACUGGUCAACAUCUCAUUUAAAGAGUAUAAAGCGCCAGGAGUAAGAAGAAGAGGAAAGAAGGAGAUACAGGAAGGAAAUAUUGAUGUGAGCUCCAGCGCCUCUCCAUACGCUACCCAACACAUCACGUUUGACACCGAGGACUUCCAAAAACUGGUGGAUGUCACCUCCUACAACAUCGUGAACAACAGAGACAGCAUCAGAAACGCACUGAAGAAAGCUCUGAUCAAGAAAGGGGUUGCUCUGAACCUGCCCUCAGAGGAAACUGCAAGCUCCUGCGUAAUAACGUAACCAGUGUUACAAGAUAUGAAGAUGAAGGAACUCCGUCUACAGUCAUUGUGUUGUGUGUUUUAUUUAAAUCGGCUUAUAUGUAAAUAUGAUGGAGAAAAAUCAACUGUUUGAUAAAAAUCAUAUUAAUCAUCUUCACUCCAGCUGAAAGGUACAUUUAUGUUGAAAUAGACUGAAUAGCAUGAUAGGAAGAGAGAGAGAGAGAGAGAGAGAGAGGGAGAGAGAGAGCGAGAGAGAGAGAGAGAGAGAGAGAGAGAGACUGUAUAUGAUACAUAUAAAACAUUUCAUUUAUUUAAGAGUUGGAAAUGGUUAAUGAGUGUCUGUAAGGCCAUUAUGAAAUAAACUACUCCUUACCUCAACUAUACAUUGUUCUAACUUUGUUCUAAAUCCUGCAAUCCUGCAAAAAAAGUAAAUCUUAUUUAAAAAUACUAUAUCACAGACAAUACAGAAAAAUACUGUC